AUUGAAUUUAGCAUUGGUUUGAGCUAAGUUUUGCUAAAUCAAAGGUCCAAACUCCAAACUCCGAACUCUCAAACUCCAAACUCCAAAGAUUCGUUGAUAACGACACCAAUUCCUUCUAUCCCCCUUUUCCUCGGUUCUCUCUCUUUCUAUCUCAUACGCUUGCAUAUCAUCAGCAAAAUCCUCAAUCUCAAUUCAUUGUCAUUCCUAGAUUAUUGAUUAUAAUAACAAAUUAGAUUUGUUCGAUUUUUCAAAUUCCCUCCUUUUUUAAGCUUGUAAUUACCCUCCUAUUCAAUUACUAAACCCUAAUUCAACCUCCGAAUUUUCAGGUGUGCUUGUUUUUGGUGGAGUUAAAAGCUGCAAUAAAAAAUGUAAUUCUUGGUACAAAUUCGUUGAUUGGGAAUGAAAAGGAGAUUGUUCAGCUAAUUGAAGGAGAAAUAAUUGUGUGUAUAGGUAUAGAACAGUAAAUAGUGUGUUAUAUUGGAAGACACAUUGAUAAAAGUGAAGGGGUGAAGUGGAAAAAUAAGUAGACUGCAUACAAUUGGUGGGUUGUUAAUAAAGGGUUGCUGUUGCUGUAAUCAUGGGUGAUUUACAUGGUGGUGAUGCUCAAAUGCAUAUGACAGAAGCUGAGCAACAAAUGCAUGUGCAUUAUGGGAUGCAUCAUUUGAGUAAUGGUACUGGAAUGGAGGAUGAUCAUGAUGAUGGAGCAGUGGGUACGGGGGAAGGGAUUCAUGGGGAACUUCAUAAUGAUCUUGGGAAUAUUUCAGAUAAUCAUGGGGGUAUGAUCGUUGCUAGUGGUGAUAAUAAUCAGUUAACUCUUUCUUUCAAGGGUCAGGUUUAUGUGUUUGAUUCCGUCUCACCUGAAAAGGUGCAAGCUGUACUUCUUUUGUUGGGGGGUCGUGAAGUACCGUCAACUGUUCCUACUGCACCACCGACCUCUCAUAAUAAUAGGGGUGUGGCACCCACACCGCAGAGGUUCAAUGUUCCGCAAAGAUUGGCAUCACUGCUCAGGUUUAGAGAAAAGAGGAAGGAACGUAAUUUUGACAAGAAAAUACGAUACACGGUUCGCAAGGAGGUUGCUCUUAGGAUGCAGAGAAACAAGGGUCAAUUUACCUCUUCAAAACCUAGUCAAGACGAGUCUUCAUCAGGUGCUACAAGUUUGGAGUCUAAUCAGAGCUGGGGACCAGAUGGACCUGUACCGCUGCAACAAGAAGUUUGCUGUCGACAUUGUGGCAUUAGUGACAAAGCUACACCGAUGAUGCGGCGAGGACCUGAAGGACCAAGAACUCUCUGUAAUGCUUGUGGGCUUAUGUGGGCUAACAAGGGAACUCUUAGAGACCUCUCAAAAUCAGCAGUUUCAGGUGGACAGAAUGUCCCGUUCUCUAGGAAUGAAGAGAAUGGAAAUUUUGUAGACAACCAAAUGGCUAGAGUUGCUGGAAAUGUCGGUGAUUCAACGUGAUGACCUGUUAUGAGUGCAGUCAAUGCAUCGAUCAAAAUCACCAUUGAAUUGGUGUGGAAUGCGGAUCUUUGAUUACCCUUUUCGCGUGGAAAAUGGCGGUCGAAGAUAGGAUUAACCCUUGUACUCUUUUAGAGCUAGGCUUGAGAUUUGUUGCUACAAGCAGCUACAAAUUGUGUCCUCAUGUAUGCAUUUCCGACAGAAUAACUUCUUAUUUAUGAUUAAUUCUAUUUCACAUUCAAUUGAGAGGCCAUUGAUAGCUCACUUUUGGAUUUUAUAUUCUAUUUCUUUUCAUUUUAAUCUGUUUCCUCACUCCACACUCCUUGGAAACAAAUCAAAGCUCUGAUACCAAUUGAAAAAGGUGCUUAAACCAACGACGGUAAGAACAAAUGUAAAUAUUGAUGAAAAACACAAUAUGACAAAGGAGAAACAAACACACAAGUUUAUAAGGUAUCUUAGAUACCUCCCCCUCAACAGAUGUUUAUUUUUAUUAAUGGAUUCAACAAUACAUCAAUGACUAAACUUUCAUACUUGAGAACAACCUCUCAAGCUAU